CUGCACAACCUAUGGAAGCCAGCAAACCAGAAAGUGGUAUGUAGUUCAGGCGUUCGCAGAAAAAAUACUGAUGUCGUGCCCUCAGAGCUACUAAGUAGCGCCAGGAAUCAAUACGUUGCUGCAGCAGAGCAGGCAAUAACAGCGCUAUUUCACCAAGUGUGCUUGCGAACACGAUCAUCACUUCGUUCCCCUCGCACACUAAAAGAGCUCCAUCAAGCUGGGUUCAACAGCCUCAAUGGGAGAAUUUGUCGAGACCUUCUUUGCAAGUGGGUCUCUAUUAUGAAAAAAAAUAAAAGGCCACGAUAUGUAGAGAGACCAAGCUGGUGGCCGCAGGCCGUCAGAUACGUGCCUGCCAGAAAGUUGAAGAGCUCUGAGUCCAAAAAAGUUCUCUUCUAUAUGUUCUACGGAGAAUACGGUCCUGCCCCACUUCGAAAAUUUUAUAACGCCUGGAGGUCCUUGGACAGAAUGGAAGAAAGAGACCGGAAGACUCUGAAAAGGUCUUUCUGCAUUCGUAGAGUAUUCAAGGCCAAUAGAACGUUACGUGGGUACCCGUCGGCUGAGAACUCUUACUGA